CUAGUCGUCGCCAUCUCCUUUAGUUUGUUUUGUACAGUAUUCAUAUCUCUCUCCUACACCUUUAAAUGUUGUGUUAUUCUAAUCUGCAGCACGAUUGAGCAAGGUUGAUGCUUGCAGAUUGAAAACGGAACAGUUUCAUGUAAGUAGUCCAUUGCUCAACUGGAUUUUCGGCAUUCUACGUAAUUUUCAAUCAGUUCAGACAUGGAACUAACACUACUGAUACUAACUUUGAGUACAACGAUGAUGCUGUGUUCGACUUCGUUUGGCGACGGUGUAACAACAGUUUUGCCUACGACAUCGCAAAAAGUAAUAGAUACAACCUAUUUAUCUAUGGGAAAUAAGGACACCACUCCUACGCAGGAUUCGAUAUUUCCGAUGCAGCACACGAACAACAUUCCAACGGAACAGACGAGAACAUACACAUUGGUACAAGGCAAUGGUAUUAGCGGACCAGUUUUAAUACAUCCUGCUACAGAUGCUUCAACUAUAACAUUUUCACCACCAUCUUCGCCUCAGCCAGCCUUCAUAUCAAACAUAACAUUUUUUGUCACUACACAUUCCACGGUCAUACCGACUGUUCGUUCAGACUUUAUUGAAAGUCUGCCUAUAGAUGUAUCUAACAUUGAGGAAAAACAGAUUGGGCCAGGUGGACCCAAUCAACAGGAAAGCAUCGGUAUUCAAAGAGCGCUAUGUUGGUUGAGAGAAAAACGACUGCCCGACUACAGCUGGGGUAAUGAUACGCAUAUGGUAAUAUUAGCCAAGGAAUUAUCGGGUGCUCGAGAUCCAACAGAGAGCGACAGCCCAAUACAAACUGUGUUGGACUUGGAGAACCUGCUUUCAAUCAAGCAAAUGGACAUCGAGGUAAUGACUAUGCUAGACAGGCACCACUCUACAGCCAAGCUUCCACACACCGAUCACAUAGCGAAGUAUAUCUUGGCGAUGGGUGGCUUGUGUAAAGAUGCUCGUCAUUUCUAUGGACAUGAUCUAGUAGCUACCCUUGAACAACAUGAGCAUGAUCAAGGAAAGGAGUAUGAGUUCGCUCUAACGGCCCUCGCCAUUUGCAGUUCAGCUACUCAUGUCCGGAAACGCCAAAUUAGACGCCUUCUGGAUAUUGCCAGUGGAGAGGUCAAUGACGUUGAUACUAUAGCGAUGGUCCUAUUAGCAUUACGGUGCAUCGUAACAGAUCAUCGACAUCGACACUUACAACACUUUGUAAGGCGUCCAGCUCGAGGACUGGCCACUUUACAAGGUCCACAGGGCAGUUUCGGCUCGUUGCGCAGUACUGCAUUAGCAAUGCAAGCCUUACAGGAUUUGGAGCCCGAUCCAGCAGGAAAAUGGAAUCGUACUGCUGCCUCCGGAUGGUUAUUGAAUAAGCAGCGUCCCGAUGGAGGAUGGACUGAAGAACCUCUACAAGAUGGGCAGGACGCUAGCAUAGGAAUCGGUUUAACGGCGGACAUCGUUUUGGCUCUCGGGUGGCGUGGCCUAGGUGCGGUGCGUGCUUUACAAUGUGAUCACGUAAUGCGCGAAUCAAAUGAGCCAUCUGAAAACGGUGAACCCAAGCUGGCACCACCUGUCGGUAUUCUUUCGCCUGUUGAGGAAACUGAACCACGUAAUGUUUCUUACACCUAUACCCUAUGGGUUGGUACAAAUGAAACUGAGGAAUAUUUUCUCGACUUGACAUCACCAAAAAAUACGACAUUCUUCCGUGCAAUGAUGCAAGCAGCUUCAAUAGAUCCAAGAUUUUCCUUCGAAGCGCGUGAAUGGCCUAACGGUCAUUACGUACAUACAUUAGCGGGUAUGAAGGAAGAACCAAAAAGCUAUCACUUUUGGUUGCUUUACCGUCUACCGGAAAGGCCAGAUACAAAAAAUCCACCAGGAAAUCAACUAAUAGCACCAUUAGGCGUGGACGAAUUACUCGUGGAAGAUGGAGAACAUUAUUUGUACUGGUACAAGAAGCUGUAAGUCAUGUGUAAUCGAUACAUCGUAUUCCACAUCAUACUAUGCAUAACAAACCAGUUCUUUAGUCACGAAGCAAUAAGUCCACCAGUGCUUAUGUCUGCUAAAACAUCAAACGAAUACAGUUUAUUUAAGACGCAUAUGACCAAGUACAUGCAGUAAAACGGGUCACAGACCCGGUUAUCAGUGUUAUCAAAAUCCAUACAACUGAUGCAGUAGAAACUGAUGUGAACAACAACCAAUAAUA